AUGGCUUCAGAGAUCAUCUAUGAAGAAGUGAAGUUCAAGAAUGAAUCCAGCUCCUCAGGCACCUACUCAGAAUCUGCUGCAGCUCCCAAAGGGAAGCCCAUCCCUCAUCUAAGUAAGUCUGGUCGCCCCUCACUGCUCUUUACAUCAAUGAUGGCACUUUUCCUGCUGUUGACCAUCUCAUUCUUGGUUGCUUUUAUCUUUUAUUAUCAAAAGUAUUCUCAACUUCUUGAAGAAAAAAAAGCUAUAAAACAUCUAACUUACACAGAAUUGAACUGCACAAAAGAUGAUUCACUCAUAGAAGACAAAGUUUGGAGCUGCUGCCCAAAGGACUGGAAACCAUUUAGUUCCCACUGCUACUUCAUUUCUACUGACCCUGCAUCUUACAACAAGAGUGAGGAGAAGUGCUCCAGCAUGGGUGCUCAUCUGAUGGUGAUCCACAGCCAGGAAGAGCAGGAUUUCAUCACCAAGAUCCUGGAUCAUAAAGCUGCUUAUUAUAUUGGGCUUUCAGAUCCAGGUCGUCGACAGUGGCGAUGGGUUGAUCAGACACCAUACAAUGAAAGUGCCACGUUCUGGCACCCAGGUGAGCCCAACUAUAAUGAAGAACAAUGUGUCGCAAUAAAUUAUCGGCGUAACGGUUGGGGCUGGAAUGACGUCCUUUGCAGUGGUGAACAGAAGUCAGUUUGUCAAAUGAAGAAAAUAUACUUAUGA